UAUAUUUAGGUUUACAAUGAGGGUGUAAGAAAUUUAAUGCAGCAAAGCACAAUCUUGAUCGAAUCUUAAUAUCUUGGUAUUUGAGGGUUUCUAUUCCCAUGGAGUUUCUGCUUCCAUCUUCUAUAUGUGAUCCAACUACCAUCUUAGCAUUUUUUCUGUCUCUGUUCUCUUUCGUAUGGAUAUCAAAAUACUUGCAGAAAAGAGAACCGCCGAAAGCGGCUGGUGCAUGGCCAAUACUCGGCCACCUGCCCCUCUUAGGAGGGCCUCAACCGCCCCACAUAACCCUAGGGAACAUGGCUGACAAGUACGGACCGCUCUUCACUAUCAAGCUUGGUGUACACCGAGCUCUUGUUGUAAGCAGUUGGGAUGUGGCUAAAGAAUGUCUCACCACUAAUGAUAAAGCUUUUGCCAACCGCCCGAAAGCUUUAGGCCCGGAGAUUAUGGGGUACGACUAUGCCAUGUUCGGUUUUAGCCCUUACGGACCUUACUGGCGCCAGGUGCGAAAGAUAAAUAUGCUGCACAUCCUCUCCAACCACAAGUUGGAGUUGCUCAAGCACGUCCGAGAAUCGGAGGUGAAGGUGUCUAAUAAACAUAUAUUUGAUAUGUGGGAGCGAAACAAAGGUGUCUCAAAUAAGGUGCUGGUGGACAUGAAGAGGUGGUUUGGAGACUUAACCUCAAAGAUCAUGCUCAGGAUGGUUGUUGGAAAGCAAUUUCAAUUUCUUGGGUCUAACUUGGCACAAGAGAAUGAAGAGAAUGAAAGCUUUCGAAAGGCGUUGAGGGAAUUUUUUAGAUUGGGUGGCGAAUUUGUAAUCUCAGAUGCAGUUCCAUUUCUUAGGUGGUUGGAUUUGCGAGGUUACGAGAAAGCAAUGAAGAAGACAGCUAAAGAACUCGAUGGUGCGCUUCAAAAAUGGUUAGAAGAGCAUAAGCACAAGAGAAGUAGUAAUUCUUUGCAACAUGAUUGUGAGCAUGACUUCAUGGAUAUGAUGCUUACCGUCCUUGAUGGUGAUAGUAGAGAAGAGUUUGCUGGUUCAAUUACUGCUGAUACAAUUAACAAAGCUACAUGCCUGGCGGUUCUUCUAGGAGGGACAGAUACCUCAACAGUGACAUUAACCUGGGCUCUUUCUUUGUUACUCAACAAUCCUAAAGUCCUGAAGAAGGCUCAACUUGAGUUGGACAACCAUGUUGGUAGGGAAAGGCAAGUGAAUGAAUCAGAUGUGAAGAACCUAGCCUAUCUCCAAGCCAUUAUCAAGGAAACGUUGCGGCUAUACCCUGCUGGACCUCUCUCAGUACCACAUGAAUCCAGAGAAAACUGCACAAUAGGUAACUAUCAUGUAACCUCAGGCACGCGUCUUCUUAUCAACCUUUCGAAGAUUCAUCGCGAUCCAAAUGUCUGGCUCGACCCAUGUCUAUUCCAACCAGAAAGGUUUCUUACAACUCACAAGAAUGUUGAUGUUAGGGGCCAGAAUUUUGAAUUUAUACCAUUUGGAAGUGGUAGACGAAUAUGUCCAGGAAUCUCUCUAGCACUUCAAGUUACUCAACUUGCACUGGCUCAUUUGCUUCAUGGGUUUGAAAUUACAGCCCCAUCUGAUGAACCAGUUGAUAUGGGUGAGAGUUCAGGAAUAACAAACAUGAAGACAACCCCACUGGAGGUCCAUCUCACUCCACGCCUACAUCUUGAACUUUAUGAAAAUGUUGACUAGAUGACUUGCACCGCCUUCUGGGUUCUGCUGUUCUUUCCAUAUCCGCCCUGUAACUCGCAGCUUCAGCUCUUUCCUAUCCCCACCAGAGAAGAAAAGCACCAUGUUGCGCUGUAUUAUGAGGCCAUAAUGGCUGUCCCUAACCUUCUUGUGGCUAUCCCUUAUGCUUCUUGGGUUUCCUUCCCAUAUGAACUUUCGGCCAUUUCCUCCAACCUCGAGGCUGUAAGUGUAGUUCCGAGCUUCUGUUUCAUCCCCCAUGAAACGUAGAAAUGCCAUGUAAACAGGAGCCAUACUGAGUUGGAAUGCUUCAAAAUGGAGACAGAAGUACUGACCAAAGCAGUGGAUGCAUGAAAAUGCCAUAGUCCGUAAUAACACUAUAAUCUCACAGCAAGAUGACCACCACAGUUGCAUCAGCAAUGAGGAUGCACAUAGGCAAUUCUUACC